AUGUUUUCUUAUAAACAAGCUUUGCGACAUGUGAGUCUAAAUGGCAUACAUAUUGUGAGUAAACCUCAAAGAUAUUUACCAUUAGACAUAAUUCUUAAAAAGCUUCAAUUAACGCUUAUUUUGAGUGGUAGUUCUAGUAAUAUUAGACAAAUUGGAUUGAUCAUAGAUUAUA